AUGUAUCCUCCACAGUAUAGAGAUGAUCAAGAUUCCUGUGACGACUAUGGAGCAUCAGUGUGUUCCGAGCCAUCAUGUGCUCCAUCGGGAGCAUCAUAUGACCCCUGUGACUCUGUGAGCUCCAGCUCUGCGGUGGACUGCUGUGGUACAUCAUCGCAGCAAUACUGUCCCCCUGCACAACAGUAUUGCCCUCCUGCUCAGAAGUACUGCCCUCCAGCUAAGAAGUACUGCCCUCCCACCCAAAAGUACUGCCCUCCUGUACAGAAGUACUGCCCGCCUCAGCAGAAAUAUUGCCCCCCUGCUCAAAAGUACUGCCCUCCCGCUCAAAAGUACUGCCCUCCCGCCCAAAAGUACUGCCCUCCUGUACAAAAGUACUGCCCACCUCAGCAGAAAUAUUGCCCUCCGGCCCAAAAGUACUGCCCUCCGGCCCAAAAGUACUGCCCUCCUGUACAAAAGUACUGCCCACCUCAGCAGAAAUAUUGCCCUCCGGCUCAAAAGUACUGCCCUCCCACCCAAAAGUACUGCCCUCCUGUACAAAAGUACUGCCCACCUCAGCAGAAAUAUUGCCCUCCCGCGCAACAGUACUGCCCUCCCGUCCAACGGUACUGCCCUCCAGUCCAACAGUGCUGCCCUCCAGCCCAGACAUGCUGCCCACCGCCUCAACAGACCUUCACACCGGUUGGAGAGCCCGAGAUCUGCCAGAUACAACAAGUCUGCCAAGCGCCACCACAUCUUCUGAAGAAGUAG